UUUAAACCGAGGCGGCAAAAAAUUACUACCGCUGGAGACACAGUAACCCUAGAUCUAGUCUGCAAACGGUUCUUUGUCUUUUCAAGCGAUCUUUUAUCUUCUUCUCCCUAUGUUGGGAUCCAACGAACUUGCUGUAUCGUCUGCGGAUGACUUUGAAAGAUCAAAUGAAGCGCACCGGAUUUUCAUGGAUGUUUUCUACGGAAGAAACGUUGCAGAAUUCAGGGAGAAUGGUGAUUUUGUGACCAGAAAUAUUGUUGGAUUUGGACUCGGUCCCCAAAACUACAGUGUCUGUAUCUCACGGUAUUAUCUCGAUACUUCUACUAAACGAAUGAAGCGGUCAGACGGCGGCGUGCUUUCUGCUCCGAGAAAUGAAUCCUCCAAUGGUGAUCUACCUAUAACCGUUCAAGGUCGUGAUCGUGAUGGGAAUGCCUCUCAAAGUAAGUGUCACAAUCGAGUUACUAGAAGUAAUACUAUCACAUAUCCAGUCCAUGAAAAAUCUCAUGAAUCCACUCCUUUUACUUCAAAUGUAAUUUCACCCACUGUGUCAAAUAACUCUUUGACGGAUCUAUAUUCUCGUCUACGUGACCAUGUCAAUUAUUUACUUAAGGCAGCAGGUUGGGUAAUUGAGAAGAAGAAGGUAGGCAAAAAGUCAUUUGUGCAUACAACUUAUAAGUCUCCCACUGGAGAAAUCUUUACUGCAUUUUACAAAAUUUGGGACUUAUUUGGGAAGAGUCUGUUAAUGUUUGCUGGUAGUAGCUACAAGAUGGUACAGCAAGAAGACGGCAAACAGUGGAUUAAUAUUAAAGAGUUUGGCUCUGACCUAUCACAAGCACUGAUAGAUUUUGAGACAGAGGAUUGCAGUCAAAUGGAACCUACGUACGCGUUGGUUCGUAAAUGGAGUCUUCUGGAUCCUUUUGUUACAGUGGUGAUGAUUAAAAAACAGAUUCUUACCCUAAGAAAGGGAAUGCCAGUCAAAGUAGCCACAACUGUGGUGUCAGAUUUGAGAGAUGCAGAUUCAGUGGCUGAGGGGAUUGAGGCUGUGCCCACUCAGCAAGAUAAUUGGUUAAACUUGGCAUUGGAGUUAAGGCCACCAAACUUGAAGAAUCUAAAGAAAACUCAGGGUGAUGAUAAAGCACUGGAAUUUUUCACGCCUGCUGAUGCAGUUCCUGAAUUUGAAAAUGCCCGAAAGAAGCUUGCACAAUCCGGCUGCAGUGGCACUGCAGCGUCAAACCUUAAGAUGGGCCUCCUAACAUCUGGAACAACAGUGACUUGUCUGACAAAGAAGAGGCGGAGAAGGAACUUCUGAUGCUCAACUGUGAAAAACAAAAAAAAUAAAAGAAUAAAAAGUUGUUCGUCUGUCAGAUUUUCUGAGCACCAAUUAGCAGUGGUUUUUACUUUUUAGUGUUUUCGUAGUCAAUUGCUCUUUCAUCUCAGUUCUCAAGUAAGGAUAUUUUUGUUAUUAGUUACCAAUAAGUUGUGAUCAUAUCUCCGGUCAUAGUCAUCUCACAAGCUAAACGGAUGGUGGCUAAAGCAAGUCCAGGAAAGCUACCAGUCCCAAUCAGUGGUAUCGUGUGGAUUACUACGGGACUGUCGAGCGACUCGAUGCUCCUGAGUAACUUUGGGUAUCAUGCGGGACCGUGCGACUCGAUGAUCAUUGGAAAUUGGGUAUCAUGAGGGACCGUGCGACUCGAUGAUCAUUGGAAACUGUAGGUGGUUUAAUGACACCAGCAAUAUUAGAGAAAAAGGGUAUCCCCAAACCAGUGGCCGAAUCCAGUAAGAAACAUAGGAACUUGGAGACUAAGCCC